AUGGCGGGCAUCGUUCGCGGCGUGCCUGGUUUGGCCCAGCCAUCUGUGGAUUCCCCCGAGCGAGGGCCCCCGCCCCCGCCUGUCUCCGAUCCGCCUGGGCCGGACCUGCAGCGGACUAUCAAGGCAGUGCUCAAUGCAAAGAGAGUUGCCGUCGUCGUUGGCGCCGGCAUCUCCACUGCUGCCAACAUCCCCGACUUCCGCUCGUCAACUGGGCUGUUCGCCUCCCUCAAGGCACGAUUCCCGAACGCCAAACUGACCAGCGGGCGCGAUCUCUUCGAUGUCAACGCCUGGAAAGAUCCCGAUACUCUCAGCCUGCACUUCGGAAUGCUUGCCGAACUUCACAAGAUGUGCGGUGCCGCCCAACCUACUGCCUUCCACCAGUUCUUGAAACGUCUGGAUGAUGACGGCAAACUCAGUCGGGUUUAUACCCAGAACAUCGAUGGAUUGGAAGAAAAAGCUGGCUUGACUUACGGGAUCCCUGGCCAGGACGAGAUUCUAAACCAUUCAUCCUCUAACACCAAUCGCUCUCGCCCAGAGCCGCCUUUGACCCCAGGAAAGCGAAACCUCAAGCGAAAACGCGAUGAAAAUCCGGAGGCCCAAUUGCCACCUACGCCUCGCUCGACGCCGCCUCCAUCCCAGAGAUCUGAGUCAGAACCUAGUCAAUCCCAGAGUGAGCCCGACGACCCUUGCUCCUCGCAACUGUCUGCCGCCUCAACUAUCACCUCCUCUGACCGCAAGCCGAGCUGCCCUGAGACACCCAAGUCAAAGCCCAAGACUCGAUCAGCAUCUGCCGCCGAGGCUGCCCAAGCCCCAGCCCCUUCUCGUCCUACACGCUCUAAACCUAUCGACCCCUUUCCUCGUGUGAUCCCUCUUCAUGGGACUCUCAAGAAUCUCUCAUGUCUGACAUGCAGGCAUUCCGUCCUUAUGUCGGAUUACAUCGUCAAGCUUGCCGAAGGCGAGCCUAUCCAUUGUCCACAAUGUCAGACCUUCGACACUGCACGAGCGAUCUCGGGCUUCCGAACCCGGGGUGUCGGGCUGCUCAAAUCCGGCGUUGUCUUGUACGGCGAGGAGCAUAAUGCGGGCGACCAGGUGGGCGCGGUGACGAGCCGAGACCUGAUGCGAGGCCGACGACCGGACCUGCUAAUCGUAGCUGGGACGAGCCUGAAGGUGCCCGGGACGAAGCGGCUGGUGAAGGAGCUAAGCAAAGUGAUCAAGCCACCGUCGAAGACCUCGAGCGUCUCCGGCGACGACGAUCAGGAAGAGGAGGAGAGCUCGAGCAGCAAAAAACCCCCGCCGAUCCACACCAUCUUCCUCAACAACGAGUUCCCCGCGCCCUGCGGGAUCUGGAAAGAGACCUUCGACAUCUGGGUCAAGGGUAACGUCGACCAGUUCAUUCGCCUCGUCGACGAGGAACGCCAAGCCCAGGAAGAGCUCAAGCAAAAGAAGGCCCAGGAGAAGCUCGAGCGAGAGCGCAAGAAGGAGGAGAAGCUCCGCGCACCCUCCUCCUCCGCUGGGUCUACCACCCUCCCCGAGCCGGCCUCCUCAGCAGCGCCCACCGCUUCCAGAUCAAGGGCAUCCACUGUCGCCGCUGCCACCGCCAAGACUAAGAAGAUCAUUCUCAAAGGCCCAGCGAAGCCUGCCCCAUCCGUCCAAGCCAAACCGGCGGUUGCCAAACCAUCAGUUGCCGGCUUCUUCAAGACCGGAAAAGCUACUGUCGCAUCCACUCCCACCGUCAAAACCACCAAGACUGCUACUAAAAGCACCGCGGCGGCUCUCAAGAACUCCAAACUUCCCCCCGCUGCUGCUGCUGCUGCCCCUGCAACGACUAAAUCUGGACCGGCUACACGCAGGAAAAGCCAGGCUAAUCCGAGGAAAAACGUCAAGUGCUGA